UCGAAAUAAAAACAAGGAUGACUUCCUAAACAGGGAAGUGUGAAAGAAGGAAGCUGAAAUGUGUUCAAACUUUGAUUCUGUUUUAUAUUGUCUUCCAAGUUAAUGAAUAUCUAAGAUACCAACUGAAACGUGCCAAAAUGACGGAUGCUCCGAAAGUCCCUGGACUUAAUGUCCGAAUAUCUUCGAAAAACCAACUAGAUAACAUUAAGAAAGUUGCCAUCACCAAACCAGGACAGCAGGCUCUGUUCUUGGAGCUUGAUCAGAAUCGUCCAUUGGCUGGCAUCAUCCAGGAUAUUUGUGAAAAAUGGGGAAUAACGCAACCAGAAGAAUAUGCCAUACAAUUUGACAAGCGUCAACUAAAUAUAUACAUUACAGAAAGGAAUCGUCUGGAUAUCAGCAAUGGUGAUGUAUUGGUUCUGACUUCCUCUCCAGCUAGAACAGCCAAGCAAAUCUAUGAGACUUUGAAGGAUGGAAAGGGUUCUGGUGAGGAAAAAUUGGCAGCUAUGGAAAAGUUGAGCAAUCUGGCCUCAGACAUAACAUUUGCCAUGGAGUUCAUUACAAAUGAAGGACAAGAACUUAUCAAGCAGUUUAUAAGAGAGGGAAAAUACCAUGGGGAUCCUAUGGCCUUGCUGUUGAAGUCAUUUGUUUCUUUGAUGGACCAUAAUGUUGUAUCAUGGGAUACGAUUGAACCUGAGUUCACAAAGAAGAUCACUGAUUACAUUUCUAGUCCAAAACAUGGAGGUAAAAUAAUUCAGCCGUCAUUAGAGAUUUUAGAAUCAGUCAUUCUGAACAGUACCAAUUUAUCCAAACACAAAGAAGUGGAACAACAAGUGACUCCAGACAAAAUAGUCCCUCAUCUCCAGCAACCAGAGUUACAGAAGAAUGCACUUGCCCUUUUAAAUGCCUUAUUUUUAAAAGCUAAUCCAGAGAAGAAAAAGAAAAUCAAUACCAGUGUUCAUAGCAAGGCAUUCAGGAAUAUCAUUGUCACAUCUGUUCUGAAUGGGUCACGUACCAUUGGGUCUGAGAUGGGUCACCAGUUGUACUGCCUUCAGACUCUGAUGCUGAAUAUGCACGAGGCCAGAAUGAACACUCCAGCCGACCCAGAUGACCCGAAUGUCCAGAAACAGAUUGACUCACUGACCAAGAUUUGUUUUGAUGUGGACAGUGAGACCAACCAGGCAGGGAAUCGUAGGUCCACUCUCUACAGAAAACUUGGCUUCCAGGACCAGUCAAACCCUGCCACUGAUUUUGCACUGAACACACCCCCAGGUAUUCUAGCACUGGACAACAUUUGCUACUUCUCCAACAAAUACCAGGAAAACUGUGUCAAGGUUGUGCUAGAAAACUGUACAAGGGCAGAUGAGCAUGACUGCCCUUUCAUAAAGGCAAGCAUCAUGUUGACCAAGACCCUUUGUGAAAUACUAAGAAUUGGGGAACCUCCCCAGGAUGAAGAGUCCACUUAUUACCCAAUGUUCUUCAGUCAUGACAAGCCGUUUGAGGAGUUUUUCUGUAUUUGUAUCCAGUUACUCAAUAAAACCUGGAGGGAGAUGAGGGCUUCCACUGAAGAUUUCCCUAAGGUGCUAGGUGUUGCAAGAGAACAAAUAACCAGGGCUCUUCAGAUACAGCCUCCCACCUUUGAUGCCUUCAGAGUGAGGCUGAAUCAACUGACCUACGCAGAAAUAAUCCGACUGUGGGAACGUGACAGGAAGAGCAAGGAAGAGGAUCAGGCCCAGGCUGCUCCUAUUGUAGAGCUAAGGAAAAUGAUCACACCUGAAAUGAAAGAACUGAUUCGCCAACAGAGACUGAACUACCUGAUAGAGGGAACAAAGUUUUCAAAAUACACCACAAAAGGGCGAGCUAGGGAUAAGUAUUGGCAGUGGAAACUCUCCCCCAAUUUGAAAGCCUUCUAUUACGGGGAUUGUGCUGAGAAUGAUCACCUGGCCUUAGAACAACUAAGCAAUAAAUUGCCUGUGAGUGACAUCAAAUCCUUUGUAACAGGAAGAGACUGUCCUCAUAUCAAAGAUAAAAAAGAUAAAGCUAAAACAGCAGCUACAGGAACUUUACCAAAGAAUAAGUUUAAGAUGACCACUACCAGUUUCGCUAUCCAGACGGUCAACUCUGAGACCACUGAUAUGAUUUGCUUUGUGGCAAAAGACGAGGUUGAAUUUGACAUGUGGACUGAUGGAUUAAAUGUUUUACUGGGUCACGAGAUGACUAGUCCCCAAAUGAAGAAGGACCUUAACAUGUUGCUAGACAUGGAGAUCCGCAUUAGACUGCUGGAUGCUGAGGGGAUAGCCAUUCCUAACGAACCUCCCCCCAUACCACCAGAGCCUGAUAAUUACAAUUUUGCCUAUCCUGAGUUAUAGGCACCAAAACUGUGUUCAAUUCAUCACCAUUAUUACCAUGCCCCUCAGAUGAAAAUAUUGAUAUAUGAUCUGAUUUAUAUAUGUUUAUGCUCAUAUUUUAUAUUUCAAAAAUUCAUUUUAAAGACAACUUGAUAGUUUAUAUUUUGCAAUUCGUUGACCUUGAAAUUCUUGUGUACAAUGACAAGCAGGUUAUGCAAUAUUUUUUAUGUUACCUACGGUAGUACAUUAAGGUGUCUUAUUUUAAAUAAUAUGAUUAUAUAACUAACAUGAUUGCUUUGUGUAAUUAAGCUGCUGAAAGGAGACAGAAGGAUUGAGAAAUUAACAUAGGCUUUUUAUAUAUAGACAUAGACCAGAUAUUGGCUAGAUAUUACCAAUCAUGUAGAAGCUGGUUAAAAGUGCAGUAUGAUUGUUUUUCUUAUUUAGUUGAUGUUUCUAUAGUGUUAAAAGUCCAACCAUAUGUUGGUAAAAAAAAUACAACUUUCUAUAAGUGUAGAUGUGAAAAUGUCUAUUCUGUCAAUUGCAUGAAUCAUUUAGAUAUCUGAAAUGUGAGUGUUCUGCUUGCUUUACUGAAGCAUAUUAUAAAAUCAUUAGUUCAUUUUUGUGGGUACCCCUUACCACAAAUUUUCAACCUCAGACAAUUACUGAAAUAAAGGACGUGUCUUUCAUUAGGAGACAUUCCCAAAGCUGAAUAAUUCCAGUGAUCCUGUAUAUUAUAAAGGAGAAGGGACUGUUAUAUGCUAGUAACUAGUCUUCUCUAGAACUUGCAGAAUUUUAGACUUUGGUUCAAUUUGUCAAUCAUAGUUAGAACAUUCAAAUUAUAUAAUGCAAAGCAAAUUUCUUUUGUUACAUUUGUUCAGAUAUAGUCUUCAAACAGAAACAUGCUUAUUUGGCUACAGAAAUGAUAUAGAUUAGUAUUAACUUUAAACCAUUAAACAAUUUUUGGUAACUGUCAUGUUUUUCUUGUUUGAAGGAGAAGUUUAGUAUAAAGAAAAUGAAAACUUUUUGAAGAACACUUGUAACCAUUUCAUUGCUUAGAUUCAUCCAUUUGCCUGUAACGUACAUUAUACUUGUUCUCAUUUGUAUUAUAGAUGAUGAAAUAUUGAUCUAUAGAUUUAUUGAAAUACAGUAUUGUAGCUGAUACUUUGUAUUAAUUGAGAUUUUUCUUAUGUCAGCACAGAAAUGCCUUUUGGUGUCUGAAGUGGUCACAUUGAAAAGAGGUUACCAGGUUUAUAAGAAAUGCUCACACAUGUACCUUUAUGAUCCACAAUUUAAGGAGGUUGGGUGGUCAACAAAAUACCCCAAAGAACAACCAAAAUAUGAUAAUAUGAUUUUUCUAGCCAUAAACUAUUAUUUAGUAAAGAAAAAAAAACAUGUUUCUGCAGCUUGAUAUUUAAUGCAGUUUCCUAUCUGAAAAAAAAAACAGAACUAGUCAUUCUCUGGGAUGAAAUUGUUGGUAUAUAAACUAUUAGAUUUUGAAAUUAAUGCCCUGUUCACACGGAGAGGUUAAUUCGAGUUAAACAUUGAGAAUUAAAUUUGAUCCGCGUUCACAUGGAGAAUUUAAUGCAAAUUAGUUUAAUUCGAAUUAGUUUACUGUGCAUUAAAUUACUUCGCUUUAGCUCCGUGUGAACGCUAGCACUAAGCGAAGCUAAUUGGAAUUAAAUUUUGAUGCAUGCGUAAGGGCAGAAUAGAGUCACAGGCCACAUGUCAAUGGUCAAAUAUAGGUACUUGUUCUAUUUUUGAGUGGAAAACAGAGGAAAAUUAUGUUAAUCACUAAAAUGUGUACAGACACUAUGACAUUAUGCCAAAUGUAUAUCUGCUCUGCACAAUAUGACGUGAUUUGCAAAUGACAUCAUAAUAGCCUUACUGAAUAGCCUUAUAGCAGAAAUAAAAUUUUAAUUCGCAUUAGUUUACUUUCCAUUAGCUGUCGUGUGAAUGCACUUUAAUUCGCAUCAUUUUACUUCGCUUUAAUUUACUGCGAAUUAAAUUCUCCAUGUGAACAUGGCAUUAAAGAUUGAACUAAUUUAUCAAACUUUCCUACUACAUGUAUGUACUUGAUCAUUAGUCAGACAUUUAGUUUCAAUUUUUUUAUAUUGAAAUUUGCAAUUUUUUUUUUUAAAUUGUUAAAUUCAGUGAAAAUAAUAAAAGAUAUGUCAAUGUA